AUGAGCAAACCGGAGGGCUGUGGAAAGACUGACGGGGACAAGCGGCGGGCGAUGCGCUCUGCGCCGGAGAAGCUGAGGAACCGCAACAAGGCCAACCAGCCCAACCCCGUCCAGGCCAGCCCCAGGACCAGGGUCAACCGCUACAUCGGCCGGCUGAUCGAGGCCAGGCAGACCGAGUCCGACACGGCUGACCUCAACUUCCUCACCCUCAUGUAUAAAUGCUCAGAGCGAGAGCAGAGGUACCACCAGCUACCUGAUGAGUACUUCACCAGCGCCGUGGUCCUCUCCCUGAUCCUGGCGGCCCUGUUUGGCCUGGUCUACCUUCUCAUCAUACCCCAGGGUUUGGUCAUUCUUGUCCUCCUGGUCUUCUGCAUCUGUUUCCUAAUUGCGUGUAUCAUGUACCUCUACGUCACUAAAGUACAGUGCUUUCCGGGGUGCCUCACCAUCCAGAUCCGCACGGCUCUGUGUACCCUCAUCGUGCUCCUGAUCAACGCCGUGGCCCAGGCCUGCGUGGUGGGCUGCAUGCCCUGGGUGUGGGGGGGCUCCGACAUCAACGGCAACGGCUCCAUCCUCGUCCUGGAUGAAGGGUCCGGUGCCGGCGGCGACGGCAGUGGCGUCGGUGGUGUCGGCGUCGGCGGCGUUGGGGUCGCCAACCAGACCAUGGGCGAGCUGCCGUGCGACGGCGCCCGCUACGCCUUCCUCUCCUGCGUGGUGGGCAUGCUGACGCUGGCGCUCUUCCUGCGCGUCUCCUGGGUGCCCAAGGUGGCGCUGACGCUGCUGCUGGCCGUGCUGUACGUCGCCGCGCUGGAGCUCAGCGGCUACCGCAAGAUCGUCGGCGGGGGGUCCCUCUACGUUCGCGGCUGUGAGCCCAUCCUCUCCCUGCUGCUGUUCACCAGCGCCCUGGCCUUCCACUCCCGACAGCUGGACCUCAAACUGCGCCUGGACUUCCUGUGGGCCGUGCAGGCGGAGGAGGAGCGGGACGGCAUGGAGAAGGUGAAGCUGGACAACAGGAGGAUCCUCUUCAACCUGCUGCCGGCCCACGUGGCCCAGCACUUCCUGAUGUCCAACCCCAGGAACAUGGACUUGUACUAUCAGUCCUACGCACAAGUGGGCGUCCUGUUCGCCUCCAUCCCAAACUUCAAUGACUUCUACAUCGAGCUCGACGGCAACAACAUGGGAGUGGAGUGCCUGAGACUGCUCAACGAGAUCAUAGCUGACUUUGACGAGCUCAUGGAUAAAGAGUGCUAUAAAGACAUAGAGAAGAUCAAGACCAUCGGAAGCACCUACAUGGCAGCUGUGGGUCUCCUUCCCACCAUCGGUACAAAGGCUAAGAAGUCUGGGUACGACCACCUGAGCACCAUCGCAGACUAUGCCAUAGAGAUGUUCGAUGUUCUGGACGAGAUCAACUACCAGUCGUACAAUGAUUUUGUUCUUCGUGUGGGUAUCAAUGUGGGCCCUGUGGUGGCAGGGGUCAUCGGAGCCAGGAGGCCCCAGUAUGAUAUCUGGGGGAACACGGUGAACGUGGCCAGUCGUAUGGACAGCACUGGAGUCCCUGGGAAGAUACAGGUGACCGAGGAGGUGUACCGCAUGCUCAACAACAACUACGACCUGGUGUGCCGCGGCAAGGUCAGCGUCAAGGGCAAGGGCGAGAUGCUCACCUACUUCCUGGAGGGCAAGGUGCAGGGCGUCGGCACGGCGACCACCUCCUCGGUGAUGCGCUCCGUCAGCCUGGCACGGCGGAUACACUCGUGCGGCAAGGCCAGCGUCCAGACCAACCUGGAGAGUGUGUCCUCCAUGGCCAGCCUGACCGUCCACUCCGCCAUCGGGGGCAGCAGCGGGCAGCUACCGUCCUUCGUCGCCGGGGGCAACAGUAGCAGCAGCAGCCCAGGUCCCGCCAGGGGCCUGCCGUCCACUUGCGUGUCGGUGGUGGACGAGGACGAGGAAGAGGAGGGCGCGGGGAAAGGGUCGGGCGGCGUGGGAGCCAAGGGGGUCGUGGUGGAGAUGGUCGGGGACGGGGCGGUGUAG